GAGUGUGUGUGUCCUCCUCUACAGCAGGUGGCGCUGUUGUUUAUUGUGCUCGUGAAAACAGAAGCGAGUUCCGGUGAAUAUCAAAUUUCUGCUCUUUCUCCUGCUCAUCGAUGAAUUUCGUUGAUAAUUUACACAAAUGGACCAGUAGGAUGGAUCUGGACUUCGGGAACAAACUGCCACAGGCUCUGUCGACAAACACUAAACUGCCCCAGUCUCUCUCCUCUAGCGCGAAGUUUCUGCCCUCAGACCCGUUUGAGCGCUACAGGCGUCCGCAGGGGGUCCGAGUCAAAGAGGAAGACGAGAGUGUGGAGGACUUCUUUCAUUUCGCUCAGCACCUGCAGCAGCAGACCGGAGAGUGUCUCACGGCUUGCUGCGGCGCAUCGAACCCUAAAAGCCUGUCUCUCUCGGAUCCGGCCAAGACCCCCAGUCGUCCCUCUGCGGACCGGCCGUACCACUGCCAGGACUGCGGCAAAUACUUCCGGAUCAACGACAUCAAGCGGCACCAGCGGAUCCACAGCGGAGAGCGGCCCUUCCCCUGCUUCCAGUGCGGCAAGAACUUCCCCACCUCCGGGGACCUGAAGAGACACGAGCGCAUCCACACGGGCGAGCGGCCCUACCACUGCCUGCAGUGCGGCAAGAACUUCUCCGACUCGGGCCACCUCAAGCAGCACGAGAGGAUGCACACGGGCGAGCGGCCCUACCAGUGUCCACAGUGUGCCAAGAGCUUCUACCGCUCCGGAGACCUGAAGCGCCACCUGAGGAUCCACAGCGGAGAGCGGCCCUACAAGUGCCUGCAGUGCGACAAGACCUUCUCCGACUCCGGGCACCUGCGGGGCCACCAGCGCAUCCACACCGGAGAACGGCCUCACCGCUGCACGCUCUGUGAGAAGAGCUUCUUCAGAUCGGGCGACCUGAAGCGGCACCACAGAACACACACGGGCGAGCGGCCCUACCAGUGCUUCCAGUGCGGGAAGAGCUUCUCCGAAUCGGGACACCUGAAGGAGCACCGGCGGAUCCACACCGGAGAGAAGCCCUACCACUGCAACCAGUGUGACAAGAGCUUCUCGCGGCUGGAGCGGCUCAAGGGCCACCAGAGCAUCCACACGGGCGAGCGGCCCUUCCACUGCACGCAGUGCGGCAAGAACUUCUUCCGCUCGGGAGAACUGAAGCGGCACCAGAGGAUCCACAGCGGCGAGCGAGUGUGAGCAGACCUCGCUGACGUUUGGCCUUCACUCGAGACCACGCGACGGUGUUCCUGUAUGAGCACAUGUGAGCAGCAGACGCUUGACCUCACUGACCCUGUAAGACUGUAGAGCACUGCUGAUCACUGACUCUGGCUCUUCAUCUCGUGUGAGAGCAGCACAUGCUGUGCGUCGCUGUGAGUGUGCAUCUGUUG